AUGACUUCGCUCUUGAACCAGGCCCCGGAGGUCUUGCACGACAUAUUCUUCCACGUUGAGCCGUCAGACCUUGCAUCAGUAGCACAGACAUGCAGGUUUCUGAACACAUUCAUCGAGAAUGACACUCUACUCUGGCGUCAGCAGUACCUCUCCUGCUUCGACCAGCCACAGUCAGAUCCCGAUACUGACCCACAGUGGUCUGAAUUGCUGAAAGCCAACAUUUCGGUGCAAAAGCUCCUGCAGUCCGACGAUGAGGCCAUCAAGAACGAACCAGAGCUCGAGCGCGUCGCCAGGCUAGCCAUCGACCUUCUACUCAAAUCCACCCCUGACACACCCAAGAACGCCGCCUUCCUCCGUCAACUCUUCUCCAGCAACGAAUCCAGCAUAUCUUCGUUUCUCUGCCGGUCCUCCCUCUUCCAGUCCACCCGCCUUCCCAAUGACACCCCAGCCAGUACUGCUGAACUACGCCAACUCUCCGCCCAAUUGCACGUCUUCUCCGGCAUGGAAGUCGAGCCGCCCUGCCACACCGUAGCGACACGGUCCAACACCGCCGGCGCCCAACAAGUCCAUCCCUACGCCCGCUCCCGCGUCUACGACCUCCGCCGCUACAAGCGCGCCGCCCACUGGGGCCCCUUCCUCGACGACGGCUCCUCCGCCGUCGACUGGGAGAAAGUACAGGCCAUCAUGCUAGUCCUCGCGUACAACGUGCGCAUGUACGGCGAGCGCGGCGGCAGCGACUUUUCGCACCCCAACAUCGCACCGCACGGCUUCCAUCGUCGCGCCCGCCGCUCCGCCUCGCGCCGCGCCUUCUCCGGCCCCAGCGCCGCCAUGUGGGACUCACCCUUCUGGGGGCUGGCACCCAACAGCUACGUCUCGCAGCCCCUCAGCGGCCCGUUACGCGCACCACCCAACCCGGACCUCGACGCGCUCGACCCCUACGGUGUCACGGGCACGUGGAUGCGCAUCGUCUGCUUCUUGGACUACUCGGACCUGUACAACUUCAAUUUCAACGGCCAGCGGCCUCCCGAGGGCGAGGAGCGCGGGCCCAUCGACACGCGCGAGGCGUUUCGGCUUAUUCGGCUCAAGAUGCACGUCACGGCGGUAGAAGAGCCCGAGGAGGGAGAUCAUCCCGACUUCCCAGUCGUCAAGUUCGAGGGCCUGAGUAGGAGUACGCUGAAUGCGUGGGACCCGAAUGCUAACAGCCGCAUACGAGGCACCGUCCGCACGACCCCCACCGGCGCCAUCCGCUGGACCUCGUUCUCCAUCUUCCACGGCGAGGAGCGCUGGCGCAGCGAAGGCGUGCAGAUCGGCGGCCCCCGCUCCGCUCGCGGCAUCCUGGGUAAUUGGUUCGACAAGGACUACGACGCCGCCGGACCCGCGGGCCCCACGUGUUUCUGGAAGGUUAGUGAUGAUGUUGUGGAUGAGAAGGUGCAUGGAGGAGGGGGAGGAGUAGUGGGGUUGCAGCUUGGUGGUGGGAACGGUGUCGUGGGGUUGGAUUUGGGGCAUGGGGCUAGUGGGGAUGAGGGGGGGAGUGAUGAUGAUGAGGAGGAAAUCGACGACGACGACGACGAUGAUGAUGAUGGCGAGGGUCAAGGGACCGGUGGUGGUGGCGGCGGGCUCACCCUCGCGGACCUGGGUUUACUGGGCGGUCAAGCCGGCGGGGCCGGUCUGGUCGUGCCGCUACAUGAAGUCGUCAAUGUGCUGUACCAGGCGUUGAAUGGCGGUGGAGGUGGCGAGGGCGUCUUGCGUCUGGAGGAUCUUGAGGGUUUGCUGGACUGA